AAGAAAAUCAAUGUACUUGCCUGGUCGUCUUGUCGAUCGCUUGAUCGUGCUUCCCGGCUUCGCGCCUCACGGUGUAAGUCCUCCGCCCCGCCCCCCAACUCCUCCGAUGCGGUCCGAUCGUGCUUCCCGGCUUCGCGCCUCACAGUGUAAGUCCUCCACCCCGCCCCCCAACUCCUCCGAUGCGGUCCGUCGUGUGAAUCUGUUGUCCUCCACUGAGUCCUUGCGCCUCAGAUAAUCGCCAGGUACUCUCCUCCGCACUCUUACCCCUUCAUAGCGCACACAAUCUGCACCCGGUGUGCGCGAUCAUGUUACACUCCCCGCAGAAGACUACACUAGUUGGCUAGUUCGUGUAGAC